UAGUAUUUUUUGGUCUAUAUAAGCAUGAUGAAGUUACACAGAUAUCAUAGUGAGCAACCAGUACUAGCUAGCUUAUCAGUAUGGCUACUACUCAAGAAUCUUUGCUAGACAAGCCAAGAAAAUCCCUUCCUAAAACCUUUUGGUUAAUCCUCUCUUUAGCUGCUAUCAUAUCUUCAUCAGCCCUUAUUGCUACUCAUCUCAAGAAACCAAUCUCUUUCCACCUUACCUCAGCUCCCCAUGUGUACUGCGAACAUGCUCUUGAUGCAAAAUCCUGCUUAACUCAUGUAUCAGAAGUAUCUCAAGGACCAAUCUUGGUCACCACAAAAGACCACAAAUUGCAUGUACUCUUAUCCUUAUUAACCAAGUCCACCACACACAUUCAAAAAACUAUGGACACAACAAACGCUAUUAAAAGCCGAAUUAACAGUCCUAGAGAGGAGACAGCAUUGCGUGACUGUGAACAACUAAUGGAAAUUUCCAUGGACAGAAUUUGGGACUCAAUGUUGGCCCUAACGAAAAAUACAAUUGACUCACAGCAAGAUGCACAUACAUGGCUAAGCAGUGUGCUCACUAACCAUGUAACUUGCUUGGAUGGAUUAGAAGCCAUAUCUCAGGUACUUAUGGAAAGUGACUUUCAAGACUUGAUAUCCAGAGCUAGAACUUCUCUGGCUGUGUUUCUUGCUGUUUUUCCUCAACAGGGUCAUGACCAAUUUGUCGAUGAAACAUUAAAUGGCGAUUUUCCGUCGUGGAUUACAAGCAAGGAUAGGAGGCUUUUGGAGUCUUCAGUUGGGGACAUAAAGGCAAAUGUUGUGGUGGCUAAAGAUGGAAGUGGCAAGUUCAAGACAGUGGCUGAGGCUGUUGCAACUGCACCAGACAAUGGUAAGACAAGGUAUGUUAUCUAUGUGAAAAAAGGAACAUACAAAGAGAAUAUAGAAAUUGGCUCGAUAAAGAAGAAUGUGAUGCUUGUGGGUGAUGGUAUGGAUGCAACAAUAAUCACAGGCAACUUGAAUUUCAUUGAUGGAACAACCACCUUUAAAAGUGCAACUGUUGCUGCUGUUGGGGAUGGUUUUAUAGCACAGGACAUUGGGUUCCAAAACACAGCAGGUGCAGAAAAGCACCAGGCAGUGGCUCUCCGUGUCGGUGCCGACCAAUCUGUCAUCAACCGUUGCCGCAUUGACGCCUUUCAAGACACUCUCUAUGCACACUCCAACCGGCAAUUUUACCGUGACUCUGUCAUUACAGGUACCAUUGACUUCAUCUUUGGAAACGCAGCUGUAGUGUUCCAGAAGUGCAAGUUGGUGGCCCGAAAGCCCAUGGCCAACCAAAACAACAUGUACACGGCCCAAGGUCGAGAAGACCCAGGUCAGAACACAGGAACUUCAAUUCAACAAUGUGACUUAACACCAACUGCAGACCUUAAACCUGUGGUGGGCUCCAUCAAAACUUUCCUCGGCCGCCCAUGGAAGAAAUACUCCAGGACUGUUGUGAUGCAAUCCUUUCUGGAUAGCCACAUUGAUCCAACAGGAUGGGCUGAAUGGGACGCCGCGAGUAAGGACUUUCUACAAACAUUGUACUACGGAGAGUACAUGAAUAAUGGAGCAGGUGCUGGUACCAGCAAGAGAGUGAAUUGGCCUGGUUAUCAUGUCAUCACAAGUGCAGCAGAGGCUAGCAAGUUUACAGUAGCACAACUAAUCCAAGGUAAUGUUUGGUUGAAGAACACAGGGGUGGCUUUUAUUGAGGGAUUGUAAUAUGAUUAUAUGAGCAUGAGUGAGCAAGUUUGUAUUGGUUUUUUUCUGACGUGAGUGAAUGUUAUAGAAAAUAAAAUAGAAAAUUUGUUCUUUGUGUGAAAAAUUUCUAAUGCAGAAUGUUUUAGUCUUCUAUGGUAUUGUAAUGAAUGUGUUAAAUCUGGACUAAAAGUUAAGAUAA